AUGACUGAUUAUAUGGGUAAAAUUCAUGCUCUUUUUCAUGAGUUUAAUGAAUUAUUGCCUCCUGCUUCUACUCCUGCUAAAGAAAUAGAGCAACGGUCAAAGUUCUUCAUGCUGCUAGCAUUGCACGGCUUUGCUGAUGAGUAUUCUCAUGUUCGUGAUCAUAUUUUGGGUUCACUUGUUGUUCCCACUUUGACUUCUACUUGUUCCACUCAUUUGCGUGUACCUAGUAGACCCAUCAAUGAUACAUAUGUUUCCUCUACGUUGGCAUCUCAACGUCAUGACCACAAUCACUCUCACAAACCAGGAAAAGGACGUCUCAAGUGUAACCAUUGUGGCAAGGUAGGCCACACGAUUGACAAGUGUUAUGCAUUACAUAGCCACCCUCCUAGAUCUGUUGCAAUUGUUCAGACUACUUCGUCACAAUCACCUACUGAGGAUCCUCCUUCAUCUGAUAUUAGUGAUGACUCUGUUAUUUUCAGUAAAUUUCUCAAAUGGUAUAAGGAUCAACAACCUUCUAGUUCCAUUGCAUCUGUAGCACACACAGGUACAUCUUUUAUUGGUAUGAGUCCAUCUUCUUUUGACUCUUGGGUUCUUGACUCGGGAGCCACAAAUCACAUUACUGGUAACAAAUCUUUGUUUUCCUUUUUGUCCUCUCUGAAUCCUUUACCCUCUGUUACAAUGGCUGAUGGAUCUAGAGUUUUAGCUCAUGGUGUUGGGACUGACCGGAGUUCGAGACAAGUGAUUGACACCAGAUGUGAGUCUCAUGGUCUUUAUCAUCUUCACCCCACUACACAUAUUGGUGCAAUUAUGGAGUCUUCAUCUGUUCUUCAUGCUCAAUUAGGUCAUCCCAGUCUUGCCAAACUACAACAGUUGGCGUCAGGCCAUGUUGAUGAACUAAGUGCUCUUCAACAUAAUGGAACUUGGGAGCUUGUCCCAUUACCAUAUGGGAAAUCUGUUGUUGGUUGCAAGUGGGUCUUUGCUAUCAAAGUUGGUCCUGAUGGAACUAUUGAUCGCCUCAAAGUUCAUCUUGUGGCCAAAGGUUACACUCAAAUUUUUGGUUUGGAUUAUGGUGAUACUUUUUCUCCAGUGGCAAAGAUGACAUCUAUUCGUUUAUUUAUAGCCAUGGCGGUUCUUCAACAAUGGCCUCUUUAUCAAUUGGAUGUAAAAAAUGCAUUCCUUAACGAAGAUUUGCAAGAAGAGAUUUAUAUGGAGCAACCUCCAGGAUUUAUUGCUCAGGAGGAGUCUUCUGGGCUGAUAGGUCGUCUUCACAGAUCUUUAUAUGGCCUAAAACAAUCUCCUAGGGCCUGGUUUGGAAUGUUUAGUGAUAUUGUUCAACAAUUUGGCAGUGAUAGUCAUGGCAUCUCUCAGAUGAAACAACAUCUUUGCAAUCAUUUCCAGACCAAAUAUCUUGGCAAACUUAGGUAUUUCUUGGAUAUUUUGGAGGAAACUGGGUUGGUGAAUUCAAAACCUGAGGACACACUCAUGGAUCCUAAUACUAAACUUCUACCAAAUCAGGGGGAGCCUAUGUCAGAUCUCGAGAAAUAUAGAAGACUAGUUGGAAAAUUGAAUUAUCUUACAGUUACUCAUCCUGAUAUUUCCUUUACAGUUAGUGUGGAUCUCCUUCUGAUAGAAGAUCUACAUUCGGAUAUUGUGUCUCCAUUGGUGGUAGCUUGA